AAAUGAUGGAUACGUAAUUCUUGAAAACCCUUAAAACGUACAAGUAACUCCCGAUUGAAUUUUUUGAAGAUGUACAAUAGGAUCCAUUUUUCUCUCCCCUUGAUAGGAAUACGUAAUUAUAUACAUCUACACAGGAAGUUACACUUUACGUGACAUCCUAUUAGCGUUUGUCGUUCGUAGUUCCUUAGCGGCACAACAUCCUUUCUGCAUGUCGCCGCACAAUGUCAAUUAUCAUGUGUAUGGUCCAUGACGAGCGGUAGCAGGUGAGUAUAUAUAAACAGCAGUAGCAAGUUUUGCAACUUGAGAUCAAGACUGAAGAUCGACAACUUUCAGACAAACUGAGGGAACUAAAGAAACAGGUGAGGCAAAUUUCUCGUGAUUGUUUCGUAUUGUUAAGUUGGCUUAGGAGAGAGGUUUCUAAAACCAUUCGGCCUUUUUGUAAAUGACCAACUGCAAAAAGGAACGACUUUAUUACGAUCUGGGUAAAAGAGGGGUAUUGAAACUUGCCAGUUUGGAACAAAAAAAUGCGGUUGUACUCAAUCCGGACCAACUGAAGACACUUAGGCCUUUGAAACUUCAUGAUAGCUCUUGGCAAUUAAUUAGGUUCCUUCAACUGAUUGUUUUUUAGGAGUAAUUUACUUAGUUUUAAUAGGAAGCAACCGGAGAAAUCGUUUCUUUAGACAUGAAAUUUUAUCCUUCUGUAUCACCAGCCACCUUCAGAAAUAUUUUAUAUGUAUCCUAAUGGCUCUAAAAUCCUGGUGGCAAAGAUUUAUACUGAACUGCGGCAAAUCAACACCGCCUAAUUAAUUACGUUCUACUUUUUGACUCACAGAUUCGAAGAUGAAUAAAUUUGGCAAGGAAGCACUUGAUGUCCACAACAAAUACCGAGUCCUUCAUCAAGUACCUGAGUUAAAGUGGUCAAGAAAGCUAGAGAAAGACGCAGAAACGUGGGCCAAUCAGCUGGCUAAAGAAGGCCGUCUGAAACACGACGAUACAGAUGACGGAGAAAAUGUGUAUGCUGUAAUGGGAAAAGAUGACGUUACUGGAGCAGAAGUCGUUGAUCGAUGGUAUUCAGAAGUUGAAAAGUAGGUAGAAGAAUUAAACAUAAAUAUUAUUAUUUGACUUGAACACUCGGUGCGUUACAAUCGCGAUACUCCUGACACUGGACUGGCCUGCAGAUGAGACAAAUCAGUGCUUAUUUAUAUAGUUCAUUUCUCGAUAAUUUCAUGUAGUGAUAAAUAGAAAUAUCCCAGUCCGAAGUUAAAAAUACUUUUUUUUCAAAUUAAGCCGGAGUUGCAUCACAGGACAUUGUCACUUAGUUAAACGUUUUUCUCUUUUUGCUAAACACCACUUGCCUUAGUCCAUGUAAAAGCCAUUGGGGGAAUAAUGGGAUCUUACAUAGAGGCAUGCUAAUUCUCAAGUUCGUUCUAUUCUGGCAUCCCUUAUUUAAACCUGAAUGAACAUGACUUACGGUCUUCUUGGAUAAGGGUAAAGCCGGGCUCAUAUAUGUUCAUGUUUUUUCUCACAGAUACGACUUCAACAACCCUGGGUUUAAAAGCGGCAUAGGUCAUUUUACCCAGGUCGUGUGGAAGGAAACCAAGGAAUUAGGAAUUGCCAAGGCCAAAAGCGAUGAUGGAAAGAUCUUCGUUGUUGCUCGAUAUCAUCCGGCGGGAAAUUACAUGAAUCAGUUUCAGGACAAUGUUAAACCCAAGGUAGAUGUUUGCCAUUUAAAGGUUCUAUAAUAAGCCUAUAAUAAUUCUAUAAUAAGACUUUGUGUUCGGGAAGACCUUCAUCACUAUUUAGCUUUGUAUGUCUCACUUAUAAUUGCUGAGAAGGGAGGUGCAUUAACACUUUCAUGAUUAACCUGCUGGAAUAGUUUUAAAAAUGCCAACGGAAGAGGAAAAAUAGAAGAUUAGACAGGGCUGAAGGAGAUCUAAUAUAAACACCAAAUACCAUUGAUAAAUGAGCGAAUAACUUGUAGAAAUACGUGACUUUCUGAGCUUUUAACAAACUCUCUGUUUGCUCUCGCUCAAGGCAACUGAACAGAACGGCGACGUCGCCAACCCGGCAGAGACAAAGAAAAUCACCAUUGACUCAGAGAAAAGAGGUAGGCCAUAUAAAGAGCCCAUCUUUAUAAUAUAUCUAUAUUUGAUAUCUAUAUUUCUAUUAAUAGGUCUUAUGAUAAUUUCAGUAUGAUAGAGAAAAUGAUCGUCAGCAUCAGAAGCAUAGUUAUAAUGUUUCUGUCAGCAUCAAUCAACAAAAGACUUUCAAAAUGGUACUUGAGCGAUCCGCUAAACUAAGAAUUAUAUCCUACUGUUUUCGUUCACCUAUUAUUUCAUAUGUGUUGUUCCUUGGUUUUAGUAUUUGUUUUGUAGUGUGAUGGCUGUUUUCAAAUAAAUGCGCUGAUUUUUUUGCUUAAUGCCAGUUCUAUAGUUUAUCCAACAAAAAAGAAAUUACCACAUGUAGUACGGACUAAGUUGGAGACGAGCAAAAACGGUUUUAAUUGAGUUUAAGGUAGACCCUGGCCUUUAACCCGAGCUUACACUUAGUCUUUUCCAACUAACCAACAUAUUUAACCAUUCUUUUAGACUGUAAAGCCACAUCCUCCCCUAAAGAAGAAUUUCCAAAGCAAUCUCUGGACGCGCACAAUAAGUUUCGUUCAAUGCAUGGCGUGCCACCCUUGAGUUGGGCUGAUGACCUGGCCAAGGAUGCACAAGCGUGGGCUGAAAAGCUGGCAAAUGCUCGAACAUUACAGCAUGCCAGUAAGAGUGAAAGAAAUGAUGCUGGGGAGAACAUAGCUAUGUUCACAGGUAGCUUUGAUACAGCCGGAGAAAAAGCAACUGACAUGUGGUACGUAAUAUACAGACUGUUUCAUUGAGAACUAGGACAGGAAACAAUAACUAAGAAUAACUCCAGAUUCAGGGGUAGAUUCAGUUUACUGUGAACAAAAUAACCCUCUGUAAAGCGUACAACCAUUAGAUCGACAACUUAUGAAUGCCGUAUCCCUGUGGAGCUUUCAAAAUGUGUAUACUAUAAAAUUGAUUUGUUGUAAUCAUAAUUCGUAUUAGUUUCCAGAUCAUUCAAUUUACAUUUACAACCAGUUCACUAGGCGUUGCCAAAUAAAUCCCUGAACGAAGUUUUACAAAUCAUGUAAUGCAAGACCGAUAGGACCUUCUCAUUAGUUUUUAACAUUGUCAGCAAUCGAUACUUUGGCUUCACUGCACAGACGGGGAUGGUAAUAGCGAGUAUUUAGCAAUUAAUGAAUGAGGCUGAGUAGGAUAUGUAGAAAUAAGCAGAUCGAGGAGGGUGUUAUCUAAAGAGGCCGAAGGCCGAGGUGCAUAACACCCUCCGAGAUCUGCUUAAUUCUUCAUAUCCUACGAAAGCUUUAUUAUUCAUUCAAAAUAUUUCCUAGUUAAAAACAUAGCUAAAACAUGCUUACCUGCAUCGAUGUUAAGUUUACCUUCGAUAGUGUGCGUUUAGGUUUGUCCAGCUCCGCAAGUAUUCUCCAAAUAGCAGAUGUCGCCCUCCGAGUUGUCUCCUUGCUGUUUUUGUUAUGUUUCAGCCAUUAUUUCGCCUAGUUCCAGCUGUAGUUCUUACUCUUGAAACGAGUGAAGUGUCUGCCAUUUUAGUUUUCACAACGAAAACAACUCAAUCUCGUCCCCAGGUGUUCUCGGUUAACGGUGUAUUAACCUGUAGAAGGCUGCAUUUUUGACGUCAUUUCCUCGUUAAACACAACAUUCUUCCAAAUUUGGUCAUCAGUAACUGGCUAUGGUGAAUUAUGCGUGUGCUUUCAGCCAAUCAGAAUUGGGGAAAUAUUUUGAAUGAAUAGUAAUUGUAGUUAAAGCUGUCUGUAUGUAUUAAGUACUUAAAUGAAAACUAUGUUAUAUUACUUGAAUGAAAAGAGUACGUCUAAUUAUUUCAGUUUGCUUUAUGUUUGACUUGUCAUUAUUGCCUCUUUAUUGCAGGUAUGGCGAAUACAAAGACUAUGAUUUCAGUCGUGGUGGAUGGCAGAAAGGAACUGGACAUUUUACCCAGGUCGUAUGGAAAAGUACCAAAGAGUUGGGAAUUGGCAGAGCGAAAACCGCGGAUGGAAAAUUGACGUUUGUGGUUGGCAGAUAUCGACCUGCAGGCAACAUACUCAACUACAUGGCAGAUAACGUUUUCGACUUGAGCCACAAAGCAUAA